CCAGUUAGUAUUUCUGAAACAACGUCGCCAAUAUGCAGCUGACAUACUUUCUCUUCCAAGUGGCAGUCGCCCUACUGGCGAUCGUGACCUAUAUACUCCAUCGCAAACUAACGUAUUUUAAGAGGCGUGGCAUUCCGUAUGAUAAACCCCAUCCUCUCAGAGGAAAUAUGGAGGGAUAUAAGAAAACGAGGACCGUUCACGAAAUCCACCAGGAAUACUACAACAAAUAUCGAAAUAGCAAGGCUCCUUUUGUGGGAUUCUAUCUGUUUCAGAAGCCCGCCGCAUUUGUUAUAGAUCUGGAGCUGGCCAAGCAAAUACUGAUCAAGAACUUUUCCAAUUUCACCGACAAGGGAAUAUACUACAACGAGAAAGAUGAUCCCAUGUCAGCGCAUCUCUUUAAUUUGGAUGGACCCCAGUGGCGUUUGCUUAGGAGCAAACUAUCCUCGACAUUCACGUCGGGCAAAAUGAAGUUCAUGUAUCCGACGGUUGUGUCCGUGGCUGAGGAAUUUAUGGCUGUGAUGCACGAGAAGGUAUCGGAAAACUCCAUAUUGGACGUUCGGGAUCUGGUGGCCAGGUUCACAGUGGAUGUCAUCGGAACCUGUGCCUUUGGCAUCAAAUGUAAUAGUCUGCGAGAUGAGAAGGCCGAGUUUUUGCACUUUGGCAGGCGGGCUUUGCUGGAUUCUCGUCAUGGUAAUCUAGUAAGUGGCCUCAUGCGCAGCUAUCCCAAUUUGGCCAGGCGACUGGGCCUUUGCCGAAACACGGCUCAAAUUCAGGAGUUCUAUCAAAGAAUAGUUAAAGAGACUGUCACUUUGCGAGAAAAGGAGAAUAUAAAACGGAAUGAUUUCAUGGAUAUGCUAAUCGGCUUGAAAAACCAGAAGAAUAUGACUCUUGAAAAUGGGGAGGUUGUUAAGGGCCUAACCAUGGAUGAGAUCGUUGCCCAAGCUUUUGUGUUCUUCAUCGCUGGCUUUGAUACCUCAUCCUCCACCAUGGGAUUUGCCCUCUACGAGCUGGCCAAGAAUCCGAGUAUCCAGGAUAAGGUGAGAGCUGAGUUGGGGCAGGUUCUGGAGCAACACGAUCAAAAGUUUACCUACGAGUGCAUCAAGGAUCUAAAGUACCUCGACCAAGUUAUAAAUGAAACUCUACGCCAUUAUACCAUUGUACCGAAUGUGGAUCGAGUGGCCGCCAAACGUUUUGUGGUUCCGGGCAAUCCCAAAUUUGUCAUCGAGGCUGGACAGUCGGUCAUUAUUCCAUCAUCGGCCAUACAUCACGAUCCCAGUAUUUAUCCCGAACCCAAUGAGUUUCGACCGGAGAGGUUUUCUCCAGAAGAAUCCGCCAAACGUCCCUCGGUUGCCUGGCUUCCCUUCGGAGAAGGUCCUCGCAACUGCAUUGGACUGAGAUUUGGACAGAUGCAGGCUCGUAUUGGACUAGCCAUGCUCAUUAAGAACUUCACAUUCUCCCCAUGCUCAGCGACACCAGAUCCCUUGACCUUCGAUCCUCAUUCCGCCAUUUUACUCGGAAUUAAAGGCGGAAUUCAGUUGAAGGUGGAGGCAAUCUAAAAACGACAAACUUUCCUCACAUACAUUUUAAAACUAAUAAUCUACCUACUAACUAAUCCCAACAGCUGGCUCAUUAUUAUUAGGUUCUCCUUGGCCAAUUCCAUUUUGCCAAAUAUCUAUAGAUUCAACUAUUCAUGGGAGUGUACCAUAAUGAAGCGACCCGUUUGGCAUUGCAUAUGCUGAUAGCAUUUUUAUCCUUAUUGCUGGGCUCAGCGUUUACCAAUUACCGGCAGAACGACAGGACUCCAAACCACUCCGCUCCACACCCAUUUGCCUUUAGCUUUAGCUCAGGCCCGCAUGUAUUAAUUCUAAUUAAAUUUGUUAUUCAAAACGAAGCUCGGGCACGUCCUUGCUAGCCAUUUUGCAAGUGUUAACCUUUUUCCCGGCCUCCUUCCGCUGUCCAGGACCACGUUAAGCCUUCGAAAAUGGACCAGCCGUCGGAUUGGCGACGAUUUGCACGCCAAACGGAGAAUGGCGAAUGGAGAAUGGUGGCUGUAGGAGGCGGGGCAUCAACCUUGACAUUUUUGCUGCCAGCUUCUGUUUUCAUUACACUAAUGAAGUCAUGCGCCACGGUGCGGUAUGUAGGCAUACACAUUUGCGAUAUGGCAUGGCUUGCUAGCAGCUUUUGGGUUCAGACCCAGAUCCAAAUCCACAGCCAAAACGACCGGCAGACACAUAAAAAGGUGUACUACUCGUGUGAGUUGGCCGGCAUUUGUGUGCCUACGCCCGCUUUUAGCAAUGGCAGCCGCGCCUCAUUACCCCAUUUUAUUGUGCCCAGAGUGAGUGAUGCCCAGGCAGUCUUAACACUGUCAAAGCCCUACGCCCUGGCACAUAAUUAAUGCAAAAUGCAAACGUAUAUUCAUGGCGGCUCCAUGCUCAUGGCACUCGCAUAACGCAUACGCCGUGUGGCCAUAAAGCGCUUUAAAGGCUUAAGAUUCGAGUUCGACGGCAGCACAAGUACAAAGGUAUUUUAAAUAUAUUUAAUUGCUAUAGCAGUUAUUACAAUUUACACAUAGCUUGAAGAGAAGUAUAAAAGCAAUGCAUAUUAACCCAAUAAGCCAAGUCCGUAAAUAAGGUUUAUAAAGAUUCAGUUUUCUUUAAGAUUUUAUAACCAGUUUUCCCGCAACUUUUGCCCUGUUUUCAAGGCCUAUGAUAAAGGUAAAGCUUUAAUACUUUGAACUUCACUAACUGCACAAGUCAAGUGAGCUGGCAGCGCUAAAUUGUAAGACGACAGAAAUAUUUCAACAGGAAUUUACGACGCGAGCACACUAAAUGCUCAUUUAGUUUGCACUUUUAUUUAGAAACUUCUUUUGCACGUUUGCCAAAUUGUCUGCGGUGGCCAAAAGCCGCCAACAAAAAGGCUGAGAGGCAGCAUCAGCACAACAACAACGGCAAUUGUGUGUCUGUGUGUAUGUGUUGGCCAAGUGCAAUAAUAAUGAAGGUAGGAGGCGUAAAUUUCGCUUUGGCUGCAGGGCAAGAGAAAUGGUCUGACUGCAACGAACUGGGCACCCCAUGGUGGCACUGGGAUCUGGAUCCUGCGGCUGCUGAACACCACCCGAACAGCCAGCUAAACAGCAGCCCACAGAACCCACUCACCUGUACAGGUGAGCCAUGUUGUCAGCGGAAGGUAGCUACAAAUUCUCGUUGCAAAAGCUUUUAGUGAAUUUAUGGCAAGGAAAUUCCUUUCGCUUCUGCUCGAAAAAGCAGGCUGCACUGCUGGUCGGUCGUUUGUUUAUGUCUUGGUCCUCAGAUCCAGACUCAAAACUCCCAAUUUCAAGCUCCCAACUCCCAUCUUCCAACUCCAAGCUGUAAACUGCAAAGUGGAGGAUUGGACGGCGGCUCCAUAACACUUGGCAUGUGUAGUACAAACGGCUUUAUAAACUUCGCAUUCGGGCCAUAAUGCACUCACAAUUUAGCCAGCUUAGAUUCGCACUCGUAGGGCCUCACAAGUGCCUAAUGAGCCCCAACAAAGGCGUUCUGCGCAAUUUUCGCAAUUGAAAGCCAAAACUUUGGCAUUUCGGCAUGGCAAGGCCAACACACAGGCGGCACGCACAAUUAAUUUGCAAGCAGCUCACUCACUUACCCAUCUCUGUGGAAAACAAUUUGCCAUAUGCAUUUCCACAAAUUUGCGAGACUUCUUUGCCGAGCUGCUUUCACUUUUUUUUUUCUCUGCCAGCUGUACACGUAUCAAUUACCUGGCCAUGUUAUGCAAAUUGCCAACAACCUUGAAGUGUUGAACUCCGCCCCACGCCCACCCCUUUUCCCUUUUCUCAACUGGCUGUCUGCAUCCUGUUUUAUUUCUCCUUGGCCAAAAGUUGAUUCAAGUUUAUUCAAAAACAAAUUUAACUUUUAAGUCAUCAGCGAGCAGCGGUGAAAAGUGGAAGAUAUGGCCCCAAGGCAACUGCCAUAUGCUGCAGUCCUAGGUGAUUCAUACACCGAGAGAAAUAGGAAAGUUAUUCAGUAAAAGAAGCUGACAAGUUUCAGUACAUUGAUUUUGGAUGAACUGAAGAAAAGUAUCAAAUUUUUACUAUGAUCAGGCUCCUAGACUAAAGGACAUACGUUUGAAGAGAAAGCUCGACAUUUUCAAUUUAUUUGUGGCCAUUUAUUAAAUAUGC